AUGGCCAACAGCCCUUGGAAGGGCGUUGCCGAAGAGUGGAACCCCAUUGUCGCGGACGGUUUGCCUAUUCCGAUCGCAGGCUCUGCCCAGGAUGAAAAUUAUGGCGCCCAAGACCCAACCAACGUUGGCGGCCGGCAGACUAACGUAGGCGGCGAGUCUCCUGAUCCGUGGGAAUGGCCCUUCCUGCAGCCUGUAAUUUCAGGAAUCCAGCCAGUCCUCUUCGGGUGGCGGUCCGCUUUCCGGGCGGCACGUGUCGCCACGGCGCGCUGGUUGGCCUGA